AUGUCUUCCAGUGAUGUACUCAGAUGCGUCAACAAAUUACUUCAAGAGCUGGUGAAUAACAACAAACCUUUUGGAGGAAAAACAAUUCUGCUCAGAGCAUCAAACAUAAGCUUUCUAUGUUUUCAGACUUUCAUUGAUAUCUAUGGCAUUCGUGGCCUCAAGGCUGGCGGAUUUAAAAGAAAUAUCUCAAGUGCAAUUGUAAAAAACCACACAUCAAUUACAGAAUUCUUCCUAGUGUCUUUUUUUGCUACAACAAACAACCAAGCUGUAGUAUGUACAGGAGUUUUUAUCAUGUAUCUGUUGGCUGUGAUUGGUAACCUAAUGAUUACUACAGCUGUGUGCCUGGUGUCUCAGCUUCACACACCAAUGUAUUUCUUCCUGUGCAAUCUGUCAGUUGACGACAUUGUAUACGUCUCUACGGUUUUGCCAAAACUACUGGUCACCACCGUCACCAGAGAUACCAGCAUUUGUUUCUCAAGCUGUAUUGUACAGACGUUUUUCUUUGCAUCAUGUGUUUCUGUAGAAUUUUUAUUAUUAACUUCCAUGGCUUAUGACCGCUAUGUGGCUAUAUGUAUUCCUCUUAAAUAUAUACUCAUUAUGAACAAAAUGGUGUGUAUCCUUUUAGCCUUUUCCUCCUGGUUUUUUGGAGCCAUAAUGUCAUUAAUAUUUACUUUAAUGGUGACUAACUUGACAUUCUGUGAUGUACAAGACAUUAACCAUUUCUUUUGUGAUCCCCAAACUAUGAUAAAGAUCUCUUGCAGUGACACCACAAACAUUAUACUGUUUACCAGUAUUGGUGGUGUGCUAGUGGGAUGUUGUCCUUUUAUACUCAUCAUAACCUCCUAUAUCUACAUCAUAUUGACCAUCCUGAAGAUUCAGACCUCAGGAGGAAGAAGUAAGAUGUUCUCCAGCUGUUCCUCACAUCUCAUGGUUGUCAUUUUAUUUUAUGGGACCUCUGUAAGUAUGAACAUCAUACCAAAGUCUGAAAAUUCACAGAAACUAGAUAUAAUUAUCUCCUUACUGUAUAUUGCUGUGGUUCCAGUGUUAAAUCCACUAGUCUACAGCUUAAGAAAUAGAGAGGUUAUGAGAGCCAUGAAAAAAGGCUUCACAAAAAUCAUUACAUUUUAG